CUGUUUUAAUUACUUUUAAUCACUGGUCACCAGUUAUCAGUCCUCUACUCUCGAUCCUCCCACACUAAUAAGCCUUUUAAUUACUCUUAAUCACCACUAACCCAAAAAAAUCAGUAUAAAUUCGAGCUAUCUCUAGCCAAUGUGAUCACACAACACGAAAGUACCAAAACUAAAGCUACACCACCAAAUAUAAUAUGGCUUCAAACACCACUUUCCUCUUCGCCACCGUCGCACUUCUCGGCGUCAUCCUUCUCCAAAACACCACCGUCGCAGGCAGGGAUCUCCCGACGACGACAGAGUCAACCAACAUAGCGGCGAGACUCCAAAUCGGGGGACUAAUGGAGUGUUGGAACGCAUUGUACGAGCUUAAAUCAUGCACUAACGAGAUCGUUCUCUUCUUCCUCAACGGCGAAACCAAACUCGGUGUUAGUUGUUGCGAAGCCGUCGACGUAAUCACGACCAACUGUUGGCCUGCGAUGCUGACUUCUCUCGGCUUUACAUCUGAAGAAGCUAAUGUCCUCCGUGGCUUUUGCCAUGAUCCAAACACUAGCGGCUCUUCUCCAGCUGCUUCUCCCAAUAAAGCUUGACUGUGAUUUGCCUUAUUAAUACAAGCAUAUGGUUAUAAUAAAUCUUCUAAUAUUAGCCUCACUGCAAUGAUUUUUGUGUUUCAAGUUUCUUUGUAUUUACCAAAUCAAAGACUGAUUAAGAUUUUAAUUUAAGCCCUUGAACUC